AAUAUUUUUUUUGUAGUGUACAUUGGCAGCACUGUACUGUUUUGUGGGAGGGGAGGGAAAGAAAAUAUAUAGAUACUGUAAAUAUGACAAAUGUUUCUCUACCUCAUCAGAAUUUAACUAUUCGACUUAUGAGCAUGUGUGGUACGUUACGGCACUUGUCAUUCGUUUGUUGAAAGUGUGUGUUGAAAGCACCUCUCAGUUGAUUGCUCUGAAUUUCAGGACAAUCUAAGUAUAUUGCAUUAUUAAAUGAAGUUUUGACGUUUAAGAACCAACAAGUUGCUUUGGCUAAAAGUUAGUUGUUUUGAAUGAAAACUUUAUCAACAGUGCGUUAUGUUUUUGUGAAGUGUUCAUAAAAUGAUAUUACGACAGUCCGUUUGUGAUUUUGGAGAAACUUGUUCUUGAAAUUUCUCAUUACCAUAACAGGCAAUUACAGAGCGUGCUAAUUAUUGAAUGAAACCUGCAAUAUCUAAUAUUUGUAAGACUUUCUGUCGUAUAUUUUAACCUUGUGGGAUCUCCAAAUGCAAAUUAUCUUUCUGUGCCGGCGGUUGAGGUCGGUGUCGUCCUGGCAGUGAGGUUAGAAUAUCCCACCCUGGAGGUUAAGGACGAACGCUUGCGUUGGAAGGAUGGAGGCGGAACCUGGCGGAGAGGAGGCUGCGGCAGACUCGUCAGUUGCCCAGCUAUCAUCAUUGACAGACGACUCCGAACCGGUGGUCAUAUUGGUGCACUCUACGGGUGCAGAUGCUUCAGUGAUCGAUGGAACUCGAUCUGUUCCUGGGCCAUCUUUCAGCGCCUCUGCUAUGGCACCCGUCGUGACUUUGAUCCAGCAGGGAGAAGAUAUUCCUUCUCUUGGAUCAUCUGCACCCUCUCUGAUAGACAAUGAUCAGACUAUGGUGUUGGCAUCUGGAGAUGAUGAGAGUCUAAAUAAUCUUGUAGGAUCAGUUCCAGCAGGUGAAGGUGGUGCUGAUCAAUGCGUAGCUUUAUUUCAAACUGAAAAUGGUCAAAUAGUGUGCUUGACUUAUACGGUUGCCCCAAUAAAUGGAGAGGAGGCAGAUGAAGAAAAUGUAGCUGAUGUGUUGGGUACAAAUAACACAGCUGGCCUAGGCAGCUUUGAUAUUGUAGAUGGGCUACAAGAACACUUUAUUUUGGAUGGGCUAAAUGCAAGUGCUUCCAUUGCUGUCCCUAGUACAUCUGCAGAUGUACACAUUUCCACAAAUUUGUUGUGCAAUCUGAAUGAAGCCAAGAGAACACCAAAAAAGGUGAAGGCGCAGGAGGAAGUGCCGGGAUUGGUGUCGGUGCCUGUGGAAGCGCUGGGGAAGCUGCGGUUGGAGGAUCGACUACGCGUGCUGGAGCAGUUGCUGCCCCCACCCCCGCUCACCGCCUCCAGAUCUAUCUCGACUCCGCCGUCGGGGCGUGACGCCAAAGGGAAGCGCAGUCUUCCGAAGGGCCCACCUCCGCCCUUGCGGCCGCGCCCACCAGCCACAGCCGAACCGACCGCUCCAGUUCCGGUUCCCACCUCUCGCCCGAUCCCCAACCCUAACGCUCUCCCUGUGCCGCCGACGUCUUUAUACGCGUGCGACCUGUGCGGCGCGUGCUUUGAGCGGCCCGCGCAGUUCUACGGGCACUUGCGACGCCAUCGCGGCGAGCGCGUGCACUUAUGCUCGCUGUGUGAGGGGCCCUCGCCUCCAGAGUUCUCUUCGGCGGCCAAGCUACGUGCGCACGAGCACCGUCACCACCCGGGCGGGCGGCCGCACGCGUGCCUGCUGUGUCCCGCGCGCUUCGACCGCGCCUCGCAGCUCAGCUAUCACACGCGGCGCGUGCACGCGGGCGAGCGCCCGCACGCCUGCGCUCUCUGCCCGAAGGCCUUCUUCAAGUCCUCAGACCUGCGCACGCAUCUCAACGUACAUCUGGGCAUUCAUAAGAGCGUAUGCGAGACGUGCGGCCGGCGCUUCGGACACGUGAGCAACCUCAUUCGCCACGCUCGCACGCAUUCGGGUGUGCGACCGUACCCAUGUCCCGACUGCGGCCGGCGCUUCGGGCAGCUCAACGGCAUGCUGCAGCACCGUGCCUCUCACAACGACGCGCGGCGAUUCCCCUGCCCGGCAUGCGGUCGCCUCUUCAAGACUGUGGCUGUCAUGCGCAAGCACUCGCGCACCACGCACGGCGCCUACCCUCCGCCCUUCCGGCUGGGAGGUCCAACCCCUAGCUCGAGCGUAGGCUCUGCUGCCGAGGUCAUAACCCCCGACGACCCCGACCUGGAAGCCCUCGACACAGAGCCUCGCCCCCGCCCGCGCCGCUUCUACUGCGCUGCAUGUGGCGACGCUUUCGAGUUCGCCGCACUGCUUCGCCAACACGAGCGCCAGCAUGAGGGCGGCGAGUUGCCUUGCGGUGGUUGCGGGCGCACGUACGCGUCUGUCGAGGAGCUCAAGACGCAUGCGUGCGCUCAGCCCGGCGUCGCCCGGCCUUCUGCUCCUGCCUCUAGGCCUCAUUCUCCUCCUCUCCCACCACCGCAUCCUUCUCAACCGAUCUCACCGCUCCCGCCUCCGCAGCCUUCACCCCCGCCUCCGCCUCUAUCCCUGGAGCAGUCGGUUCCCGUCCCAGUUUCGGCCCCCGUGUCUGCCAGCGAUCUCAGUGAGGGGCAGCGGCUGCUAGAGUCGUUACUGCUAGGAGACGCGCCUGUGGAGGAAGGACAAGGGGUGGAAGCGGAAGUGGUGACGGAUACUCUAGUAGAGGGGGAAGUGAAUGGCCUGAUACCGACGCCAACGUUGGCAACGACUGAGAGCCCUGAGGUAGUCGACAGCAAGAUCGUGGUUAUCGUUACGUCCGGAGCCCCACUCAGAGACGUUGCUCGCGAAGGUGGCUCUGAGGACGACGGCGACGCUGGCAUGCCACUGCUGGUAUUGCGCCCCCGCUCGGCCCCCUUGCCGCUCCCGCCUGCGCCGGUCGCAGAAGCGGUGACGCUUGCUUCUGGUAUCGAUUCCCGCUCUCCUUCGCUGCUUUCCAGGGACAGUCACUUACAGGACAUAGCGAAACAAGCGGCCAGUUCUCCCGACAAUCCUCAGAUUGAUCCCUCCGCCCCCGCCGUAUCAGGACCUUCUCCCAACACCGUCGGCCGCCGCAAGGCAAACCGAACUUUCUCGUGUUCUGAGUGCGGGAAGGUAUUCCUCAAGAGUGGCAACUACAAGCAGCACCUCGGAAUGCAUUUUGUGGACCAGAAGAACCAUAAGUGCCCUAUAUGUGGCCAGCUUUUCGCCUGGAAGUCCACUCUCAAUAAGCAUGUCUCCAAAGUUCAUGCAGAAGGGGAACCACCUCCUCGACCCCCUUGUGAGCUCUGUGGCCGUGAAUAUGCCACUCUUGCCCAAGUCCAGGAACACAUUCGGCGCGAUCAUUUUCUACAGAGGCCCCAUGCUUGUUCUGAGCCCUCCUGUACCAAACGUUUCUAUAAGAAGCAUGAUUUAAAAGUGCACCUCAGGAUGCACAACAAGGAGCGGCCAUAUAUUUGUGGAAGCUGUGGCAAAACCUUCUACCACUUAUCACAUAUUAUCAGGCAUGAGCGCAUCCAUUCAGGAUUGCGACCAUAUAAAUGUACCGAUUGUGGCCGCCAUUUCAAUCAAUCAAGUGCUUUGAAAUGCCAUAGGAGAAGACAUCGUGAGAAGGAGCACGUGCUGCAGCAGUUGCAGUUGCAGUUUCAACACCAACAGGAUCAGGAAGAGAUUCAGCAACUGAACAGGAAGUCCAAUGAAGAAGACCAGUGCCUCUUAGAAGAACAAGUACUAGAGGGAACUGGGUUAGAAGCAGCAGGUCUAGGAACAGUAGAGCUUGAUGCACCUACUCUGGAGACUGCAGAAGAUGCAGCAUCAUUAUUGACUGCUCCAGGCUUAGAGGGAGAUCCUCCUGAACCGUUAGUUGAACUCACAGUCACUGAUGCAGAAAUGGUCCUUGGACUGCCAAGUAGUGUAUUUUCGCAGGGCCUUUUUCCCGAUGUAAACUAAGGAUCUCAAAUAUCCAUAAUGUUGUACAAGACUGAAAUUUGACUUUGUCAAAAAUUCUGUGAUUGUGUGUGUGUGUGUGUGUGCGUGUGGGUGUGUGGGUGUGUG